CCGCGGCGUGUUGCGCAGGGCGGAGCUUUGAGUUGUAGUACGUGUGCUUCCCUGCAGUUAGCUUAAAUCUAAUGAGCUAACAGCACAGCUGAACGGAGGCAAGAAGAAUGGUGCUGCUUGAAAAUGAUUCGUUCCUCACAGAACUCACUCGACUCUUCCAGAAGUGCCGGACAUCGGGCAGCGUGGUCAUCACGCUAAAGAAGUAUGACGGCAGAACAAAACCGAUGCCCAGAAAAGGCCACGCAGAGUCUUUUGAACCGGCGGACAACAAGUGUCUGAUCAGAGCGUCCGACGGGAAGAAGAAGAUCAGCACCGUGGUCAGCACCAAAGAAGUAAUCAAGUUUCAAAUGGCGUACUCCAACCUCCUCAGAGCUCACAUGGACGGUCUGAAGAAAAAGGAUAAGAAAAGCAAAAGCAAGAAAACAAAAGCCACCCAGUGAGCAUCAGACUCUUAAAGAUAACCUCGGGUUCCUAAACUGUCCUGUUGAACCGGAGGGAGCGGGUGGGGGGGGCCCCGGCGACCUGGCUCUCCUCCCCCUCACCACCGGGCUCAGAACCACCGCUCAUCCACCUGCUGACCGUGUAGAUAUCAUGCCUUCGUCUGCAUGGAGGCGGCUCGUCCCCGGCUGUCCGCCCCCCCGCCGACAGGAACGGGAACCCGGAGGAUUUCUCCCCCAGGAGGAGGCCAACGUCCAGCUCCUGCUCCGGGGCAGCGGCCAAAUAACGGAGCCCAGGGAUUACCAGCCGCCGUCUAAUUUAAUCUGUAGUCCUUAUUUCUGAUCAUUUCUAUUUGGAAAGAUGCUUUAUGCCCCCCCCCCCCUUUCUCUUUUUUUUUUUGGUUUUUUUUUUUUCUAUGUGGCCGCUCAGAUGAGGUGGACUAAAUGGACAUUGGUUACUUUUAGUUUGGUCUGAGGCCUGUUUGACGUUGAUGGUUUUCCUUUGAAGAAUAAUAAUGAAUACUUUGGUGUUAAAUACCUUCAUCACUCUGUUGUUCAUCUUAAAUGGUUUAACACCAAGAAAAGUCUGUUUGUAUCGAUUAUUCAAAGUCUGCGUUUUAAAAAAAAAGAGAAAAAAAAAG